AUGGACGGACGAUUCCCCCCGUACGGAAAUUGCCAGGCUGGCAGCGCGAUGAGGGAUCGGCCCGUCGCCGCCCCCGGGUCCGGCUCCAACCCCAACCUCGCGGCCCUGCAGCAGCAGCACCAGCAGCUGAUGGCCCAGUAUCCCGGCCUGGUGAUGGCUCAGGGCGGGGCACAGCUUCCCCCCGGCUUUGUCAUGCCCGGCAUGGCCAUGCGCAUGCCCCAGCCUGGCCAGCAGGCGGCCGGGGCCCAGCAGGGGCAGGGCCAGCAUGCGCAGCAGCAGCAGCAGCAGCCCGGCAUGCAGGCCAUGGCGCAGUUCGGCGCGCAGCCCCAGAGCAUGCAGCAGGCCAUGCUGAUGAUGAUGCAGCACAACUUCCUCAACUCCCAGGCGCAGCAGCGGCAGCAGCAGCAGCAGCAGCCGGCGCAGCAGCAGCAGCAGGGGGCGAGCCGGCCCGCGUCGGCCGGUGGGGUCCAGGCGGCCGCUCCCAUGCGCGUCGCCACGCCCCCGGCCGUCGGCGCCCAGGGUGUCGGGGCCCAUGCCACCCAGCAGCAUGCGCAGCAGUACCAGCCGCAGCAGCAGGGCCAGGCAGGGGGGCAGCAGCAGAAGCAGCAGCAGCCGCCGACCAACUUUGUGUUAUCGCUGCGGUACCCUGGCGAGCACCUGCCCAGGCAGCAGCUCAUCCCGGCAGACUUCCUCAGGGAUUUCCCCGCCGAGUGGCCCAGCUGGGUGGCAAACCCAGCCAUGCACGCGCAAGUCAUAAUCUCUAAGUUCUCGCAGUGGACGGCCGCCCGCCACGCCAUGAACAUGCACGCCGUGCAGCGCGCCUCCAGCCUGACCCAGGGCGCCGGCCUGGUCAGCAACCCGCCGCCCAUGCAGCGGCCGGCGGCCGCCAAACGCCCGCGUGUCGAGGCGCCCCAGCCGCCGCCCGCGCCCCAGCCGCCGCCCGGCCUGGCCAUCCCGCAGGGCCCCGCCCAGGGGCAGAGGCCCGGCAGCUCACAGGGCUCGCACGUCAUGGCCUCGGCGCACCCGGCGGCGUCGCCGGCGGCCGCAGCGGCCGCCGCGGCCGCCGCACUCAAGCCCGCCGCCGCCGCCGCCAGCUCGGCGCUCCAGGCCCGCAUCGCGGAGCGCGCCUCAGCGGCCGCGGCGCGGCCCAACAUGCCCCCCAUUACCAAGCCCGGCAACGAGGAGGACAAGGCCUUCCUGCCCCGCACCCGAGCGCAGAAGCUGGUCAAGGACGUGUGUGGCCCUCGCGUGAAGGCCACCCCGUCGCUCAUCGCCGCCCUGAAGCAGCUGGCAGAGGAGUUUGUGGCGGGCGGCAUCGCCUUUGGCCUGAGCCUGGCCUGCCAGCGCCAGUCGGAGUCGCUGGAAGCGGCCGACCUCCAGCUCUACUACCAGCGCUGCUGGGACAUCCAUGUGCCGGGAUACGGGGGCACGGAGGUGCGGCCGUAUCGCCGACCAGUGGCCAGCGACCUCCACCGCUCCCGUGCGGCGGCGGUGCGGGCGAGCCUGGCGGCGAGUGGCGAGGGCGCCGGCGCCGGCGCAGAUCCGGCCGCAGGUGCGUCGCCCGCCCCCGUGGCGCCCAGAGCCAACGGGGAGGCGACGCCGGCCGCGGUCACCGCGCCCUCUGGGUCCGAAGCCAAACCUGGUGCCGCAGAGGCAGGCCAGGCAGCCCAGGGAGCGGGGUCAGAGGGCGUUGCGCAAGGGAGCCCUGCGCCGCCCUCUGCGACGGAGGGCCUGCCCAACGGCGACGGCAGUGCGUGA